AUGCCAAGCUGUGGACUUACACUAAAUGCGACCAGGAUGGAAAUAGUAAGCCCCGGUUACCCACGUGAGUACAUUUUUGCACUGGUAUGCGUGUGGAACAUAUCUGUGCCCUCAGACAUGAUGGUUAUGAUCACAUUCGCUGACUUUGAGACCGAUUACAACUUCAAUUAUCUCCGUAUUCACGACGGCUUCGAUAGGAACAGCAGUUUUGUCACUUAUACAGGAGAUAACAUUCCUUCUCAGAUUAUAUUCGUGUCCAAUGAGAUCCAUAUAAUGUUUAAUAGCGAUCAUAAUAAGCCCAGGCGUGGCUUUAAUCUCACUUACCAUGCUUUUAAAAAGCCAGGUCAUAAUAAAGAGAUUUACGAAGCGUUUACUGAUAGCCAAGAUCUCAAAGGAGCUUUUGUUCAUGGCGCCAGGAUUGGGCUUAAAAUCGCCAAUACGUUUAACCCAAUGCCAUAUAUCGCGGCCGAGCAGUCGGCGUACACCCGAGCACUGUAUGUCAACCAUUUGAAAAUAACUGAUGUAAUAACCGGUCGCCUCAUUGCGGAUGGCGUACAGCUCUGUGUCCUUAAACGUGAGCCCCGAUGA